CAAAUAAUAAAGAAAGCGGUUAAGAACUGGCAAUCUCUAAUAGAUGCAUACAUAUCCUAUUCCUACGCACCGCUUCUUUUUAAACGUCAGAAAAGAAAAAAUAAAUUCAAAAAAAGGGACAAUUUCAGUUCCCUCCAUUCCAUUCCCUUAACCGUUAAUUUCAUGCCAUGCCUAAGAUGAAUGUCCCGACGCCGCCAUCAGCCCCACCGGAGCCACCGCAAACAGCGGCCCCGGCCGUUGGUGUCCCUGCGAAUCACCAGAUCCCACCUCCUAGGCCGGCUUUGAACUUGGGCCCUCGUUUUCCUAUCCCAUGGUCAACUGGACUGUGUAAUUGCUGCGAUAAUUUUAGAAUUUGUUGCUUAACAUGUUGGUGCCCCUGCAUAACAUUUGGCCGCAUUGCAGAAAUUGUCGACAGAGGAUCCACGUGUAAGCCACGUCACACACGAUUUUUGUUAGUUAGAAUAUAUCCAGUCGAUCAAAAAAUGAGUUUUGAAUUAUUUUAUUUGGUGGUAUAUGAUGUUGAAUUACUGAUGAGAGCAGCGUGUGGAGUAAGCGGGGUAUUGUACUCCAUGAUACUGUGUGUGAGUGGCUGCUCUUGCUUGUACUCUUGCUUUUAUCGGUCAAAAUUAAGGGGUCAAUAUUUCUUGGAGGAGAGGCCGUGUACCGAUUGUUGUGUCCAUUUGUGCUGCGAGAGUUGUGCCCUCUGCCAAGAGUACAGGCAGCUUCAAAACCAAGGCCUUGAUUUGUCCAUAGGGUGGCAUGGGAAUAUGGAGAGACAAAAAAGAAAAGGUGGAGUGGCUCCAUCACUUGAAGAGGGCAUGAAGCGCUCUGCAAACAAUAACCCCAAACAACAACCAAGAUUUGUUGCUUCCAUCCAAGGUAGCCCCUCCAAGGUUGACAGUGAUGACCUGGCUUUGUGGAUAGAUGACAACAUCCACAACAGUUAUGAAUGA